GCGGACCUUGUGUAUGCAACAAAUAUCGAGGAUUUACAGACCAUCACGUUCUGAUCGAUCACGUUCUGAUUCAUCACGUUCUGAUCCAUCACGUUCUGAUCGAUCUCACGUUCUGAUUCAUCACGUUCUGAUCCAUCACGUUCUGAUCGAUCUCACGUUCUGAUUCAUCACGUUCUGAUCCAUCACGUUCUGAUCGAUCUCACGUUCUGAUUCAUCACGUUCUGAUCCAUCACGUUCUUUAUAACGACGUCAAAAUGCAGAAGAAAAUCCUCUUCUACCCAGGAAAGCUGAAUGUUGUUUUUCGCAAGGGACCCCUUGGAUUUCUUCUGCAGGAUCCCUCCUCUGAGGCCAAGCUGAUCAGAGACAACCCCAGCUUGCGGGACAGAUCUGCCCCGAUGAAAGAGGAUGUUGUGCGACAAAACGCUUUGACUGUGGUUCGUCAAAGAGGAGGGGAUGUCACAGAUGACUCAGAAGUGCUGGGAGACUAUAUACUCCAAUUUGGCAAGUACAAAGGGAAGUCAUUCAGGUGGCUUUUAGAAAAUGAUGUGGGUUACACUUUGUACCUCAUCAUGAACUUGCAAAAGGAGGAGGAAUCUGGCAUCUGUAUUACAGAGGGCUUUAACAAGAUGAGCCUCCUGGCCUUUGUUAAGUAUGCUCUCAGUUUUAAGGAAAUACAAGAUGUCCUAAAUUACGAAGCAAGCAAAGUCGGUGCUACAGCAACGUCUUCUGAAGAUGAUCAGCUCGUUGGAUUUGGCUCUCGGGCCAAGAGUACCUGGAAGGAAAUUUGGGACAGUAGAGCAGAUGGUUAUGCUGACUUCAUACUGAAGAAGAGUUGCCUUCCUGGAACGCGGAUGAACAAGCUGCAACAAUACUUGCUUAAGAAACAGCAAUCAUCCUCCCAUGAUACCACUCCACAACCCAGUGUGCCACAUCAACCCCUGGUAAUGGAGGAGGACGAAGCAUUGGAGUCUGCAAUGUUAAGCAUCUCACCCUCUAAACUUCAGAGUGUGAACAGUAGUAUCAAGACCAAUGAAAAAAGAGGACCGCUCAGUGCCAAAAACAUCUUCAAGAGCAAAGACAGGUUUUUUAUAAAAAAAACAGUUCUGGUCAUGUUCCUGUUACAAUGCUUGUUUGCCGCCGUUACAGUCCUUAUCAAAGGACCAUGAAUUGAUCCUUGAGAUGGCGAUUUAGGUGAGUAUUUGUUUUUAUUCUGCAUGUUAACCACUUUUAAUAAUGUUUGGUAUU